AUGCCUUCUAACUCUAAGAAUAAAAAGAGAAAGAGUAAAUCUAAGCAUAACGCAAAGAAAAAUGGCUCAAAUGACAGUAGCAGUGCCAUGACUCCUCAUUUGGCUGCUGCAGAAAUAUUCGAUAACGAUACUGAUUAUCCAACCUCCCGUGUUAUUAAAAGAGCACCAAAUGGUGAUGUGAUAGUUGAAUCAUUACACGUAGAACAACAAUCAGGGCAUGGUCAUCAUUCAAGUCUCAAUCCACAGGACCUCGCAAAUGAUAAGGACAUAAUUAGUGUCUCAAACGAUGUUUCCGUUUCUAAUGGACGAACUACAAAUGGUGGAUCAAUGGCAUUAGAAUUAGAUUCUCAUUGGGAAUCUUUAAGUCCAGAUGAAAAGAAAAAAAUCUUGAGAAUAGAAAAAGAUGAAAUCUUUGAUGUUAUCAAGAAAUAUCAAAAUAAACAUACAUGCAAUUGUUCAAUAUGCGGUAGAAGAUAUUUAGCCAUGGAUCAAGAGAUGGAACGGAUUUAUAACAAUUUAUUAGCUUUGCAUAAACAAACUGAUCCAAAUUUGACUCCUGUGAAAUUCCAUUUAUCAAUUAUUAAGGAAUUGCAAAAAUCUAAAUCUCAAGAUAUUUCGUUUAAUCCAAUUAGAAAUCCGAAUGAUUAUGAGGAAGAUCAUGAUAAUAAUAGUAUAGAAGAUAAUUCUAGAGAUAUAAAACAUGAUAAUAAUGGUGAUUAUAAUGGAUUACUGCGAAUUGGAAAUCGACAACAUGCGGUUGAUUCAUUAAGAAAAGAAAUUUUACAUUUCAAAGAAUCUAAACAAAAGCAAGUUCUUCAAAAUAACACAAAUCAGCAUAUUAAUGGGAAUGAAUCUAUUCAUACUAAUAACAAUUUGGAACAACCUAAUAAUGUUUCUAAACAAAAUGGAGUUUCUAACAAUAAUAAUAAUAACAAUACAGCAACAACCAUAACAACACCUAAUGCUACUACUACUGCUUCUACUACUACUACUACAACUAAUAACAACAACAACAACAGCAAUAAUAAUAAUAAUAAUAAUAAUAAUAAUAAUAGUAAUAGUAAUGGUAAUAGCAAUGUUAAUUCUAAUUCUUCAGAUCCUUUGACAUUAAAUAAUCUGAAUGAGGAGAUUAGCCGACAGAAAUAUUUGGAAUUUGCGGAGAAUUUUAUUUCAUCUCAUCCAAAGAUUGCUGAAGAAUAUGUAUCAAGAUUAAUGGAAUUCCCAGAAAUGAGGAAUUUGACCGAUAAUUUAAUUAAUCAUAAGAAUAGAAAUUUCUUAAACUCAUUAGAAUCAUAUCUUCUACAAAAUCAAAAUUUCGAUUCCUUGAAUGAUUCAAUCGAUACAUUAACGUCAAAUAAUGAUUCAUCAACUUCUGCUUUAAACUCUACAUUCGAAGCAGACACUGCAAAUAAAUUAAGAGAAAUAUUAAACAGUAAUAAUCCUUUGACUCCAGAACAAUACGCUAAUCUUUUAAGGCAUGUAGCAAUUAAAGUGAUUGAUUCCUAUGAUACAACUUCUCAGGCAUUCAGGAAAUUACCUCCAUUAGAACAUGAAUUAUUUUCUAGAUUUAUUUCUGGUGAAAGCAAAGAGAUCUUUAGUGAUAUAUUAAUGGAAACUUUUAAAAAAAAAUUCUCGGACAAUUAUGAAACUGCUGUAACUGGGAUCUCAAUUGCUGCUGCUGCUGCUACAGAGAGAAAUCAUCCAAUUAUUUCUGAGGAUAUUGAUGAAUAUGAAGAAGAUGAUGAUAAUGAUGAAGAUGAGGAUGAUGAGGAUGAGAAUGAAUACGUAGAAGGAAUUGAAUAUCAUCAUGGUAACGAUAAUGAAAAGCAUAUAUCACGCAAUUUAAAAUUAUUAUCUGAAUCAACUAGCCAUAUCAAUGACUCUGGAAAUAAUUCUGAACAACAUACCACUAACUCCAAUCGUAAUUCAAUAUCGGAAUAUAAUAAGAUUAAAAACCUGAAAAAUAACUCCAAGGAUAAUAUUAAUGAAGAAGUUGAGAACGACGAAGAUUUCCAUUCGAUGCAACACCAUCACAGUCAUGAUCAUGAGCAUGAACAUAGCGAUAGCUUUGAAGAUAUUGCUGAUGAAGAUGAUGACGAUGACGAUUUGGAAGAUGCAGAUGAAAUCGAUGAUGAUGAAGAUUAUGACAGUGGAAUCGAUGAAACAGAACGUUUGGAAGAAGGCCGUAAAUUAAUACAAAUAGCCAUUACAAAAUUAUUACAAGCAAGAAUAAUCGAAUCAUAUCAUGAGAAAGAAGCUGAAAAUAAUAGAUUAAAACUUCUAGAGGAAUUAGAGGCUGAAGAUAAAAAGAAAAAAGUUAAAGAAGAAAAAAAGCAAAAGAAGAGAGAAAAGGAAAAAGAAAGGAAAAGGUUACAACAAGUAGCCAAAGAGGAAGAAAAACGUAAGAAAGAAGAGGAGCGUAUACGAUCCGAACUUGAAGCUCAAGAACGUGAAAUGAAAAGGAGAGAAGCACAAAGGAAGAAAGUUGAAGAAAAUAAAAAGAAGAAAGAUGAAGAAAAGAGAAGAAAGUUAGAAGAGCAACGUCGUAGAGAAGAAGAACAAGAACGUCAAAGAAAAUUAAAAGAAGAACAAAAACGUAAAAGAGAUGAAGAGAGAAGGCAACGUGAAGAGGAACAAAAGAGAAAGCAAGAAGAAAAAUUAAGGAGAAAGCAAGAAGAGGAGAAUAAAAGACUACAAAAGGAGAAAGAGGAAAAAGAAAAAUUGUUGAAGAAGCAAAAAGAAUUGGAGGAGGAGAAAUUAUUAAAGAAAAAGAAGGAACAAGAAAGAUUAGCUAAAUUUAAGAAAGAUGAAGAGGCUAAGAAGAAAAAACAACAAGCUGAGAAAGAGACUAGUCAGCAACUGAAAAAAGAUGAACAGAAUUUGAAGAAAAAUGAUACAAAGCCUCAUAAUGUGAAGAGCAAAGUUCCAUAUACUGCUUCUGGAUUAGAUUCAAUGACCAAAAGUAUUAAUGAUGAUUUAUUUGAUAUUAUUAAUUCUGUAACAACUUCAAAUGCUGCUGCCUCUAAUCAAUCUACCUCUAAUUUACAUAACCUAAUGAACUUUAAUGAAAAGAAAGAGCUAUUAUCAAUGGCUGAACAACCUAGUAUCCCUCAUGGUAUUAACCCGCAGCCUAUGUUAGCCUCAAAUAAUACUCCAUAUUCUGCAGAUUCUAAUAAUCAAAUUCCAUUCGGCUUUUAUGACAGUCAUUCAAAUUUAUCAUAUGAUAUGUCAAUGGCUAAUCCUUUAAAUACUUCAAUACAAUCUGCUCCUAGUAACCUUCCCUUGACUAAUAGUAUAUCGAAUUCGUGGAGUGGAGUAAAUUUAAAUCAAUUAAAUCCAAUUACUACUACUACAUCAUCUCAAUUAGGUCAACAUAGCUCUCCUCAAACGUCUUCUCAGCCAUUUAACGUAUCAUUUUCUAAUGAAUUAAGAAAACAGUCUUUUGUUCAUGAAUUAGAUAAUUUAACAAAUUCAUUUAGAGCUUCAAACCUUGGUGAUACUAUUAAUGCUCUUCAUCCUACACCGCAUAUUAAUUCUACGCCACUAUGGGAAGGUAAAAGAGAAAAUAUCAGUACACCUAAUCCAUUAAUUGAUAAUUCUGGAUUAGGAAUUAAUGAUAACCCAAUUAGUCUAGGCAACUCAUUGGGUUUUCAAUCAAGACCUAGGGUCUCUACUGCAUCUAUAUGGGAUACUACAGUUUCCAAUGAACAUUCUCUUAAUACUGCUGAAAAUAACAAUAUCUCAAAUAUAAAUAGAACAAAUAGUGUUGGGAACUUGACUACUUCCACAGGGAAUUUUGCACCAUCAAAUAUAUGGAAUAAUUCUUCUAAUUUGAGUAGUGUUCCACCAAAUAAUAUGACUACAACUAAUUCUACCAUGGUUAAUAAUGGACCAUAUACCUCAACUGUUUGGGGUAAUUCUAAUUCAUUAGAUGGUAGUAACUCUAAUCAAAUAACCGAUCCAGUAGGAGAUAUAAUCUAUAGAACUGUUUUACUAUUAACUGGCCAAGAAAUGCCAGGUGGGUAUGUUCCACUUGAUAAAUUAUUUCAAAAUUGUUUGCAUCUUGGAUUAGACUACAAUUCUUUUAUUAUAAAAUUGACAAGCGUUUCCCAAAAAUAUAUGUUUGAAUUUCUAAGAUCUGAUACAGGAAAUAUUACUCGUGUUAGAAUUAAAAUGCCGGAACAAUCUGACUUAUCACAACCAAAUUCUCAAAUACAUUCGCAACCGCAAUCGCAUACUAAUUCCCAGAGUAUACAUCCAGAUCAGUCUCAACGUCUUCCUAUUAGUUCGUCUACUAACCCAAAUAUUGCUAAUUCAUUUUCUGAAUUUAAAGAUGUAUAUUUGAAUCAAACCCAGCAAGGUCAAUCACAAGGGGGAAAUAAUUCAAUCUUCCCAAAUGACAUAUCACCAUCAACAAGAGGUGGUAGUAUAACGGGAUCACAAUUUAUGGAUAUUAAUCGGUCGGUUAAUACCAGUACUGCUCAUUCAUCUGUGAUGGGUAACAUUUGGAGUUAA